AUGGACGGCAACAAUAACAACCGUCUGCACCUCAACUUUGGCAACGACCGUCUGCCCAUGCCCAACGACCGCACAUACCCGACGACGCCCUCGACUUUUCCGCAGCCCGUCUUUCCCCCAAGCUCCGCUGGACAGCUGCAGGCUGCAACGAUGCAGCAGCAAGCCGCGUACGGCGCCGCUGGCUACGCUCCCCAAGGCUACUUUUCCCAAGGCCAGUACCAGCAGCAGUCUCCGCUGCCGCAACAACCUCAAUAUCCUUCCGUCAGCUACGACUACAAUGGCGUGACCGCCCCCGGCGGCGGCGCCCAGUACCAGCAGCCUCGCUCCAACACGCCCGGCAGCGACCCCAACACCGGCCUCGCCCACCAGUUCUCCCACCAGAACCUCGGCGGCGUCGCCGUCCGCCAGGCCCCUUAUGCGCCGCGCGCUGGUGCCCACGCCCAGCGGCCCCGUACCGCUGGUGGCAGCUCCCAGCAGCCCACCUACAGCAACUACUCCAACAUCCCGCUUCCCACGCAAGGCGGCGCCUCCGCGCCGUGCGAGUUUCAGCCCACGCCCGAGAGAAACCCCGACAAGUACGGGAGCAAUGCCAACAGCAACCAGAAGAAGUGCUCCCAGCUUGCCGCCGACUUUUUCAAGGACAGCGUCAAGAGGGCCCGUGAGAGGAAUCAAAGACAAAGCGAGCUGGAGCAAAAGCUUCAUGACCCUGCCACAACUGCCGCUAGAAAAGAGCAGCUUUGGUCCACGGCAGGCCGGAAAGAAGGACAGUAUCUGCGCUUCCUGCGCACAAAGGACAAGCCCGAAAACUACACCACCGUCAAGAUCAUCGGCAAGGGCGCCUUUGGCGAGGUCAAGCUGGUGCAGAAGAAGGGCGACGGCAAGGUGUACGCCAUGAAGUCUCUCAUCAAGACGGAAAUGUUCAAGAAGGACCAGCUCGCCCAUGUGCGCUCAGAACGUGACAUUCUCGCCGAGUCUGACAGCCCUUGGGUCGUCAAGCUGUACACCACUUUCCAGGACACUUACUUUUUGUACAUGCUCAUGGAGUUUUUGCCUGGUGGUGACUUGAUGACUAUGCUCAUUAAGUAUGAGAUCUUUUCCGAGGACAUAACUCGCUUCUACAUUGCCGAAAUUGUUCUCGCCAUCGAGGCUGUUCACAAGCUUGGCUUCAUUCAUCGUGAUAUCAAGCCCGACAAUAUCCUGUUGGACCGUGGCGGCCACGUCAAGCUGACCGAUUUCGGUCUGUCCACCGGCUUCCACCGUCUACACGACAACAACUACUACCAGCAGCUGCUGCAAGGCCGCUCCAACAAGCCCCGAGACCGCAACUCGGUUGCCAUUGACCAGAUUAACCUGACUGUCAGUAAUCGUUCCCAGAUCAACGACUGGAGACGCUCGAGACGUCUGAUGGCCUACUCUACCGUCGGCACCCCCGACUACAUUGCCCCUGAAAUCUUCACGGGCCACGGCUACACAUUUGACUGUGAUUGGUGGUCGCUGGGAACCAUUAUGUUUGAGUGCCUGGUCGGCUGGCCCCCGUUCUGUGCCGAAGAUAGCCACGACACCUAUCGCAAGAUUGUCAACUGGAGACAGACUCUGUACUUUCCCGACGAUAUUACCCUCGGUGUCGAGGCGGAGAACCUCAUCCGAAGCAUGGUUUGCAAUACCGAGAAUCGUCUGGGACGUGGUGGCGCUCACGAGCUCAAGAAUCAUGCCUUCUUCCGUGGCGUCGACUUUGACGGUCUGCGCCGCAUCCGCGCGCCGUUUGAGCCUCGCCUCACCUCCAAUAUUGACACGACCUACUUCCCUACCGAUGAGAUUGACCAGACUGAUAACGCCACCGUCCUCAAAGCGCAAGCCCUGCAGCAAAACGGCAACCGUCAGGUCGAGGAGUCGCCCGAGAUGAGCCUGCCGUUUAUCGGCUACACCUUUAAGCGAUUCGAUAACAACUUUCGAUAG